AUGGAUAAAAAAGUAUCAAAAAAUAAGACUGUCCUUACGAAUAAAUCAUUUCCUUAAUUCUCUGAAGCACAUGGAAGUGUCUCAGCUAGAAGGGUUAAUCCAGAUUUACUAGAAGAGAGACAAAAGUGUGAUUUCGACUAGUAGGAACUUACAAAAAUUUUCUAUGGUAGCUCAUACAUGAACCACAAAAAAUAUUAGAAAAUAAUCAAUGAUAAUCCUACUCUUCAUGGAAAUCCUGACUAUUAUGAUAUGGAUAGAAAUUAGUAAAUGAUACAUGCUAUGAAAGUAGUGGAGGCAAGUGGUAAAACAGAGAUAAUAGAGGUAGAGAAAGAUUACUACUUUAAGAGUGAACUUAGUAUUGCUGAAUAUCUACAAGGAUAGGUUCCCUUUGCUAUCAGCUUUUCAAUGUUCAAUUUAGUAGUAACCAAUUUAUCUCUACCAGACCAAAGAGUAUAUUGGAGAGAGCUUCUUACAAAUAGAAGAAUUAUGGGGUGCUAUGCCUAAACUGAGCUUGGUCAUGGCUCUAACGUAGCUGCAUUGGAGACAACAGCAACUUUUGAUAAAGAAACUGAUCAGUUUAUUAUUAACUCCCCAACUCUGACCUCUGCUAAAUUCUGGCCAGGAGAACUCGGCAAGUUUGCCAACUACACCGCAUUAUGUGCAAGACUUAUUAUAGAUGGAAAUGAUUAUGGUGUACAAUUUUUCAUCGUUCAGAUAAGGGAUAAGGAAACACAUGAAACUUUACCAGGAAUUGAUGCUGGGGACAUAGGACCUAAAAUUGGGUAUAACUCAAAAGAUAAUGGGUUUAUAAUUUUCAAGAAUGUUAGAAUCCCUAGAACCAAUAUGAUGAUGAAAUAUUGUAGAGUCGAUAGAGAAGGAAAAAUGGAGUUAGAUGGGGAUCCUCGACUACUUUACUCAGUCAUGCUAGGCAUCAGAGUUUGGAUAAUGAUUUCAGCUUGGAUGUACCUUGGCUAAUCUGUUCUGAUUGCUGGAAGAUACUCAGUAGUUAGAAGGUAAUUCAAUACUCUCGAUAGCGAUAAAAAGAUAGAAAGAAAGCUUUUGGAUUACUAGUCGCAUUAGUUUAAGAUUAUUCCUGCUAUUGCUUAAGUUGUGGUCUAGAAUCUAGCAAGAAAUCACAUUAACAACAUCUAUUAGGCGUAUAUUUUGGAUCUUGAAAAGGGAAGUGAUAACUUCAAACCCCUCAAAGUGAUUCACCACUUAGUUUCAGGGCUUAAAGCUAACUACACACAAAAUUCAUAUGAGACUAUGUCAAAGCUAAGAGAAUCAUGUGGAGGUGCAGGUUACUUGUCAUCAUCUGGUCUGCCAUCUUUAAUUCAAGAAUAUGCAGCUUAAGUUACUUAUGAAGGAGACAAUACUGUGAUGUUAUAGCAGAGUGCUAGGUACAUUAUUGAUGGAGUAUCUAAAAAUAAGAAAUAUAAGGAGGAUGCCUUGACUUAUCUAAAUGACCUUCCUUAGCAAUUUUUGAAUCUGCCAGUAAUAAAUAAGCAUUAAGAUCUCUCUAAAUUAGAAUCUGUAUUAGAUGCACUAAGAGUAAGAUCAGCUUUCUUUAUUCACAAAACUAUCAAUGAUGGUAUGAAGAUAUAAAAGUCUAAAAUGAGUAAAGCUAAACUUAUCAACGAAGUAUUUUAAUAAGAUCAGAUAAUCCUCUCAAACUAUCAUUUAGCUUACUAUUCAGUUUGGUCAUCUUGCCAUUUCCUCGAGAAAAACAAAGAUUCCAUGAAAUGCACUAAUUUGAAGUCUCAUUUGAUAGACUUGAUUCAUAUUUAUGGCCUUAUGGAAUUGACUAAAGAUUCAUCUAUACUUUACAGUUGUGGUUACUUCAAGGCAGGUCAUGCUACUUUGAUACAAGAAACUCUAAAGUAACUUAUUAAUAAAUUGAGACCCUAGACUAUAUCAAUCAUUGAGAGUUUUGACAUUUCAGAUCAAUAGAUAACUUCAAGUAUUGGAAACUAAUAUGGAGAUAUUGCUGAGACUAUAUUAGACCAAGCUAGAAAUUCAAAACUUAAUUAGAAUGAGCUUGCUCCAGGAUUCAAGGAGCAUAUCUUGCCUAUUUUACAAGGAAAACUUUGA